UGAUUCCUCCCCGUGGCUCGGUUGGGGUUGGGUCCCGCGCCCACCGCUACUAGUCCCGGAGCAGCUCGCGCUGGGUUCAGCUGCUCGCGCGCGCUCUGUCUCCAUGGCGACCCGCGGCGGGGCGACGGCCGGGAGGCCCUACGAGCUGGUGGUGUUCGGGGCCUCGGGCUUCACGGGCCACUUCGUGGCGGAGGAGGUGGCGCGGGUGGCGGCCGGGGCUGAACUGCGGGGCUCGCUGCGCUGGGCCGUGGCCGGCAGGAGCCGGGACAAGCUGCAGGGGGUGCUGGACAGGGCGGCUGAGAGGCUGGUUUCUGGAAGGAAUGUAUCUGAAAUAUAAUGAUAAAGCUGCAGAAAAGGGGGUAUAUGUCGUUGGAAGCAGUGGCUUUGACUCUAUUCCAGCAGAUAUGGGAGUGUUAUACACCAGAGACAAUUUGAAAGGUACCUUAACUGCAGUUGAAAGUUUCCUGACAGUGAAAUCUGGACCUGAGGGUUACAGUAUCCAUGAUGGAACCUGGAAGUCAGCUAUUCAUGGCCUUGCAGAUCAAGGCAAUUUGAGGACGCUUCGAAAGCAGAUAGGACACAAACCUCUCCCAAUCAUUGGUGCAAAACUAAAAAGAAGAGGACUAGUGUUUUACAGUCAGGAAUUCAAAGAGUACUCCAUUCCAUUCAUGGGAUCAGACGUCUCUGUUGUAAAACGAACUCAACGGUACUUGCACACAGAUUUGAAAGAAACACCUGUGCAGUACGCAGCUUAUGCAACGGUGGGUGGUAUUGCAUCUGUUAUUAAGCUGAUGUUUGCUGGCCUUCUAUUUUUUCUUCUUGUGAAGUUUAGCUUUGGAAGAAAUCUCCUGACAAAAUACCCAGAACUUUUCUCUGGUGGACAUUUUACAAAGAAAGGACCAACACAAAAGCAGAUAGAUGGAUCAUCCUUUACAAUGACAUUUUUUGGUGAGGGAUACUGCGAGGGCCAAGAUCCACAACAGGGCAAACCAAAUGUAAAAAUCUGCACCCAAGUGAAAGGACCAGAUGCUGGCUAUGUUGCUACAGCAGUAGCAAUGGUUCAGGCAGGUGUAGCGCUGCUAAAGGAUGCAAGUUCUCUUCCUAAACAAGGUGGCGUAUAUACUCCAGGAGCUGCUUUCUCUAAAACAAAACUGAUUGAUCGGCUGAACAAACAUGGCAUUGAGUUCUCUGUUAUUAGCAAGUCAGAAGCCUGAAGUUUCAAAAUAAUUCCAAGAAAAACUACAAUUGCAUGAACUAAUGUACCAAGAGCGUAUUCAGAUGUAAAACCUAAUAACAUUUACAAAUCAGUUGUAUUGUUGCUAACAAUGGUAUUAAAAGGAUUAUAGCAUUUUGUGUAGUCAUUAGUGAACCAGCUGAUGCACAGAGAUUAACACCACCUCAUGCUUUAGGAGUAUUAGAGGAAAUUACUGCUUCAUCUAUUUAGAUGCCAAAAAUUAUAAUCUUGUAUAAAUAUGUGCUGAAAGAGGUUAAUGGGAUGCAUGUGUGUGUGUGUUACAGGUAUUAGAACUCCAGAAUGGUAGAUUGGGGGCAGUAGUUGGAGAGCUUUUCAGCUAGCAUAACAGGUUCUAAACAUCAAUUUGUCAGUCAAUAACUCCAUUUACCACUGAAGGGCCUGGAUAACAAGUGCCUUAGUUAAUCAAGCUAUUACUUAUGACUAUUUAGGGGAAGGGACCACUUAUUUGUACUGUGGUCAUUUUGUAUGAUUUGGUACUCAUAAAAACAAGACACUUAAAUUUCUUGUAAUUCUCAGUAAUGGGCUUUAUGGUAGGAAAAUCCAACUCCUUAUUUCUAAGAGUUACACUGAAAAACAAGAACAUAAAGAGUAGAUGGAGCAAUUAAGAUAAAGACAGUUAAUACAGGUCAAACAAGGCUAACAAAUUAACUUACAUGUUAUGUAAGUGCAGAAGCUAUCAAGAUAGGUGCUUCAUGGUAUAAAUCUUAUUCAUGUGAUUCUAGAGAUGUGGAGGGAAAUACUUUUGUAAGUUGAGUUUCAGAUUUAGUAUGACAAGCAAGCAGCUUUGGUCUGUCUUUGUGUAUGGUACAGCAUAUGACCUACAGCACUUAAAAUUACCACAUAUUCUAAAAUUGAAGUCUCUACAAGUUAUCUGGGUAAUUAACAAGAAAGCUGAGCUGCUUGGUCUUCCACUAAGUACCAAUUAAAGCAUAAAUAGUUAAGCUUAGCUUAAGGUUGUGGUUUGGCUCUCCACCUAUAAUUAAUUGUUGCAGUGUGCCAAUGAUUAAGUAACUAAGUCACUGUUGCUCAAGAAUUACUUAAGCCAUGCUUUCUCUCUUCUUUUUAACUAUAAGAGCAACAUCAUUUUUCAAUCUGCAUAUGCUAGAUUCAAGCUGCUCCCCAAAAUCCUUUAACAUAUGUGACUGUCUCUCUGUAAAAAGAUGUAGCAUUUGUAGGUUAUCUUCUUCCUGCAAAAGACCAAUAAAAUUGAGUAUAUAUUGGACAUAGUGUGCAUGCUAUUUUAUACAUCUUUUCCUUAUGGAUGUCUUAGAGUGGCAAGGUGGCGAUUAAAGCAGGAACUAAAAAAUAGAAGGUAAUAGUUGAAGUUGAAAGAACAAUAAAUUCUCUCUAAAGCAGAAAGGACGGGACAAAUCACAGUUAAAUUGAAAACUAGAUGUGGAUUCAUAGUAGCAGUGGUGGUGCCUGUUGAACAAAAAUAGCACAGAUCAGGUAGCUGAGUUGGGAAAGGGAAGGAGGAGAGCAGAACAGGUCCUCAAGCUAGAAUCAGCAGCAGUGAGUCAUGUGGGGAAGAUAUGCAAUGCUUUUCACCUCUCUAGAUAUCUCCAAAUUGCACUACUUUCACACCUCCUCCCCCAAAUAAGGAUCAGUUUACACACACAAAUUGAUAGCAGUGAUGUAGAGCAAGUGCAUUUCUACUACUUCUUUAUGGCCAAAAUAGGCUCCUAACAAAUACAUUUAAUAUCCAUAAUCUACCAACUUGUUUCUACAAGAAAUAGAAAAAAAAAAUCCCACUCAUUUGGUGAAAAUAGGUACAGACUGGUGUGUAUAUUUUCCUUGGGUACUAACGACCCAACAACUUCUGUGCACUGGGUUUUGAAAACAGCCUGUACUACAGACCAUUUCAGUUUUGCUUACCUUUUGCAAGGAUCUUGUGACUGUUUACCCCUAAUAAAUUUUUAUUCUACAA